UUUUUUAUUUAUAAAUAUAUGAUAAACAUCAAUACAAAUUAAAAUAUCGUUUAUCGUUUAAUUAUAAUUUUGUUACAUUUUUAGCUAAUUUGUAAGUUGAAGUUGAGAUGACUUAACAAGUUAAACGGAAGCCCAUGUAGUAAUUGUAAAAAAAAAAAUAAUUAUAAAACGUAAUGAGUUGCACUAUUGUAAUUUGUAUUGAAACACUUUAAAAGCAGCAAAUUUUAUAUCCUGAGAUUUUACGCGAUAAUAAAAAAAACGUUUAUUCCAAGUCGCAAAAAAUUUACCACAAAAUUGUUUUCAGUUCAAUUUACAACUAUUAAAAAUAUCGCAAAUCGUAAAAAAUGGCAUACUCUAAAAGAAAAGUCUACCUAUUUAGAUUUCUCUCUUUUUUGGGCAAAAUGUGCGACACGCAAAAAAAAGCAAGAUAUUUUUUUUUAUUUUAUACAUGUAUGAUAAACUCUCUAUGAUUUCUCCAUGUGUUAUAGCUCCGGAAUCGGUACUUCCCAAUCCCCGGAAGAGACGGCCGUCAAGAUCCGUGCUAGAAAUAAUUUCAGGGAUAAAUAUACACGGGAGAUUGAGGAACAUCAAAAGCAAAAGAGAAUCGAGGAACAGGGAGAGGUGUGGCAACAGCAACGAGAAGAGGCCGCAAGAGUGCGCAGGCUCAGAGAGGCAGGUCAACAAAACAGAAAUAAACAACGACAGGAAAGAGACCGGAAGUUACAAGAGGAACAGAAGAAGGAGGAGGACAGAAGAAACCGGAAGAUGGUCGAACGUUAUGAUAAAGCCCAACAGAUGCCAGAUGACUCGUAUGGUGGUAGUCAGGCGCCAGACAAAUACCAAGCAAAGCAGCAUAACGUUCAAAACACAGGACGUCCAGUCAGGAUAGACGGUAGAAUGGAAGGUAAAGCACAGAGAGAUGCUAAAAACAGGGGCAAACUUAUCGACAAGAGCCCGGAUGAAACAAAUAAUACCUUUUACGAAAUAUCUCUUAAAGAAGAUGAUCAAACAGCAGUUUUAAAUGAGCAAAGACUAAACGUGAAAGGCAAACAAUCCGGUGGGGGUAUUCAUGUAAUUCCACCAGACGUUGGGAAAGAACAACUCAAAGACGACAGACCACAACGCUCUAAAGUACGACAGAGAGCAGAAACAGCUCCAGAUGUAAAAGGAAUGGAUAGAAACAGAAAGCAAGACGAUAUGCUUCUUCUGAUGGGUCCAAGAAAACCGAUUAAAGGGAUUGGACAGCCUGAUAAAAACCACCAAGAGUCGUCGGAAUUGGUAAACGAUGGAGACGACCAAAGGUCUGGUGUUCCUAAAAAACAACUCAAAGAUGACAGACCGCAACACUCUAAAGUACGACAGAGAGCAGCAACAGCUCCAGAUGUAAAAGGAAUGGAUAGAAACAGAAAGCAAGACGAUAUGCUUCUUCCGAUGGGUCCAAGAAAACCGAUUAAAGGGAUUGGACAGCCUGAUAAAAACCACGAAAAGCUGGAAUUGGAAAACGUUAGAGACAAGCCUGAUGUUCCUAAAAAGCGUCCCCGGAAACCAGAGGUUGUGGAAGUUUCAGGAGUGCAAAGAGUUCAAGAAAUAGAGAAGGCAAAAAUGAAAAAGGAUGAAAAGACUAUUCAUUCAGAGGCCCAAAGACAACAACAAGAAAGUGAUCAAGAAAUUUCAGAAAACGGUCACGAAGUCGCCAAGGUCAAAAUUCAUCCCUCUGAUGUUGACCCUAAAAUUCGAGAGAGGGCUCUUACCUCUCAGUACUAAAACUAUAAAAUAUAUUUCAACAAUUUUGGGUCUUAUGAAAAUACAUCUGUAUAAAGAUUGAUUUAAUUUUAACACAUUUCAUUGAUGUGUCAAAACAGGAUUGGGCAACAAGCAAAGUCUAUACAUUAUAAUAAACCCUCCCCUAAAUACAUGUUACAAUUGUGAAAGCAUUAGGCAAUUGUAAUACUAGUAUUUAAAACCAUUACAAGAAUUGAAGAUAUGUUCAAAUGCAACAAAUUGUCUUAAAUUAUUAAUCAAUAAGUUGGAUAAGGUACAAAAUGUAAAUAUAUGUAUUCCCGUAUGAUUGAAGAAAUUAAAGAGUUUUUUUCUUGUAUUGUGUUUACUGUCGAUUCCUAAUUAAAAGCGAGGAAUAAAUAUGUGCGUAAAAUCGUGAGUAGCGCAUCCCGCGGCUUUUAAGAUUUUUAUUUUAUUUUCUGGACAGAUGAAAACUAAAUGAAACUAUGAUAAAAAAAAAAUCGGCGAUUUGAAGCAAAACGCUUGAAUCGCAGAAUCAAGAACUCAAAUAAAAUGAUAAAUCUACAGUAUAACUGCUUCAACAUUCCUUUGUCAUUAUAUGUGCUGCCUUCGGGUAAAAGCCUCGUCUUAUUACGUUUUAGACAAGAAACAUGUGAUUUUUCUUCUUCAAGCAUGGAACGAUCAAUUUAUAGGAACCAUACUUUGAAAACGUACAGAUAUUUCUAUACUAAUAGAAAAUGAAGUAUUGUAAACACAGAAGUAACUUAUAUAUACACGUUUAACUUCCUCCUAGCUUAUGACAACUCGUUUACAGCGUUUC